AACUGUUUGUAAAAUCGCACUGACAGGUGGUGAUUGUAGUUCAAAAUGGAUCGCUAAUUAUAUCAGUGGCUCACUGUGGUCAACUUUUGGAUCACAUCCCUCUUCAACCUAAUUUCAAUAACUGUUCGCUCCCAGCGUAGCUUAAACAAUAGGGAGGUGGAAUAGGUAUAAGAAGUCAAAUAGUAACACUGGUAUUGUGAUUCAAAUCGUUAGCGAGCUACGAAGCGAAUAAAACUGCAGUGAUCUGGAGCGGAGUUUACGAUCCUGGCGGAUAAUUCGCAAAUAUCAAGGCUGCAAUUAUAACUUUAGAGAGCAAGUUAGCUCACACUUUUGGAAGCCAGAUUUUUUUGUGAUUUACUCCCUCUACCUUCGAGGACAUUGUGAAGCUGAAGUUUUAGGAGAAGUGUAGCAUGAACGAUCAAAAAUAUAGUCUAAAUAGCGACGAAGAGAUGAAUCUGAACUCUCAUAACGGUCCAUAUUCUCCUGAUGCGAUGAUCGCGCCAAGCAGCCGUAAUGCAGGAACAGUCCAAGCUAGCCACUCCAAAAGGCCUCGUAUUUUCAUCUUAAUCAUUGUACUUCUCCUAGUGACCUGUGGUGUUCUGAUCCUCUUGUAUUCCCUAGAGCGAGGGAGACGAAUCAAAGCCGAGAACCUUAAUCAAGAACCGCACUUGAAGACACUUUCCAAUCAGAUCUGCACGACCGAGCACUGCAUCCACACCGCCUCAGCCACACUGAAGAACCUAGACAAGAAAGUCAAUCCUUGCGAUAAUUUCUACAUGUUCUCGUGUGGAGGCUGGAAGCAAGAACAUCCGAUACCAGACAGCAUGUCGUCAUGGGACCAAGUUGAAGAAAUAAAACUACAGAACAUCAAAACCUUGAGAAGACUGUUGGAGAGUAAAGAAACACGUGACAAAUAUUCUCAGAACCCAGCCGUCCUCAAAGUCUACGAUUUUUAUGACGUUUGUACGAAUACCACUGCAAUCGAAUCAACCGGAAUGGCUCCUUUAAAUAACACGAUAGCAAAAUAUGGAUCGUGGAACAUAACGAACACCGGAGCCCAAGGAUCGUGGGAUUUUGUAACGACUUUAAGCAACAUUCAAAGAGAUCUUGAUAUAAGGCCAUUAUUUCGUAUUAAUGUCUACGCAGAUGAAAAAAAUUCAAAUAUUCAUAGGAUAAUGAUUGAUCAAACCAGUCAUGCUAUCACACGACAAAGCUACCUUGCUAAUACGUCGUAUCAUUUCAAGGUUCGAGAUGCAUACAGAGAACUAAUGAUAGAUAUUGCUAUAUUACUGGGUGCAACCAGUGAGGCAGGUCCUCAACUAUUCGAGAUAUUCAACUUUGAGAAGAAACUAUCGGAGAUAUCACUGCCCAAGGCAGAAAGAAUGGACAAGAGUAAGCUAUACACCUUGAUGACAAUAAAGAAAUUAACGAACCAUUCAGACAACCAGAUUGAUUGGCUACAGAUACUCAAUAAGAUUUUUAAAGACACUAGUCGUAGCUUUAAGGAAGACGACGAAGUAGUUGUAUUAGCAGUAGAGUAUAUCAAGAAGCUUGCAAAAUUACUGAAGGACACACCAAUAACAGUCAUUCGCAACUACAUGAUGUGGCAGGUCAUCGUCGAGCUCGCUCCACAACUUGGUUCAAAAACUCAAUCAGCGUUUUUUCGGUUUAACGCUGUUACUGAUGGAAGUUCUGGCACUAUACCUCCCUGGAAAAAAUGCAUUAAGGAGAUGGGUGUUAAUACGAUAGGUUAUCCUUUAGGACUUGUUUUCAUUGACGAGAAGUUCAGAAAGGAAAGCCUUGAUGUGGUUUCCAAAUUGAUAAACGAUCAACGAGAAGCAUUUAUUGCCAAUCUACAGGACCUAGACUGGAUGGAUGAGAGUACAAGACAGAAAGCUAAGGAAAAGGCUGAAGCAAUUCGAAAAAAUAUUGGUUACCCAGAAUACCUGAGGAACCCUGCCGAACUGAAUAAAAGAUACAAAGAGUUGACCGUCAACAAGACAUCAUACUUUGCGACCCUGUUAAACUUACGUCGCUUCACAGUUUACAAAGAAUUGUCUCUCAUCAAAGAACCUGUAGACAAAAACAGAUGGAUUGUCCCACCACAAAGGGUCAACGCUUUCUACGAUAGAGUGACUAACAAAAUAACAUUUCCCGCUGGAUUUCUACAACCUCCAUUUUUCGACAAAGGGUUCCCAAGAGCUGUUAGCUAUGGAGGUCUUGGUAUUGUCGUGGCACACGAAAUCACCCAUGGAUUCGAUAGCAACGGACGUUUGUACGAUAAAAGUGGAGAUCUCUUCAACUGGUGGACCAAAGAAUCAAACGACGCUUUUGUCAGGAAAUCUCAAUGUUUUGUCGAUCAGUACUCUAACAUCACUGACUACGAUAUGAAUUUGAAUGGCAAGCAAACACUAGGGGAAAAUAUUGCAGACAACGGUGCGAUAAGGCAGGCGUACAUGGCUUAUAAAAACUGGGUCAGUAAAAACAAAGAAGAACUAAGGCUCCCAGGAAUGAACUACACCAAUGACCAACUGUUCUUCAUCAGCGCAGCACAGGUUGAUUGCGGUACAGUUUUACCACAAACAGCCAAGAAACUUAUCGAGACAGCAACUCAUUCACUCAGCAAAUGGAG